AUGGAAACAACAAAGUCUUCCACAGAAGAGAAGGCAUUUGAAGUGAGGAAGCUAGAGAUCUCGGACAAGAAGAAGGGUUUCGUGGAGCUACUUCAGCAGCUGACCGUAUGCGACUCCAUCUCCGACGAAGCAUUUGACCAACGGUUCAGGGAGGUGGCCAAGUACGGGAACGACCAUCUCAUAUGCGUCAUCGAAGACAAAGAUUCAAGGAAGAUCGUUGCAACCGGGAGUGUGUUCAUAGAGAAGAAAUUCAUAAGGAAUUGUGGCAAAGUUGGUCACAUCGAAGACGUGGUUGUGGAUUCUAACGUUCGAGGAAAGCAUUUAGGAAAGAAGAUCAUCGAAUUCCUGUCUUACCAUGCUCGCUCGAUGGGGUGUUACAAGGUGAUUCUUGAUUGUAACAGUGACAACAUACCGUUUUAUGAGAGGUGUGGUUUCAAGCAGAAGGAAAUUCAGAUGGUGAAGUACUUUGGUUCUUGAGAAUUAAGUUGGUUUGUUUGUUGGAAUUGGGUUAGAGAGUUGAUGUCUCUUUGUUUUACUUGAAAUUUGAUGGGGGAAAGAAGCCCUCGAAGAAAAGAAGGAACUUUUAUUCAUCACAACACAUUUAUUUGGAAGGAAUAAACACAGCUCAUUGACAAAAAACAUUGUCAUCGAUCUAGCUAUUUCCUCAAACGACGACAAGGCGGAAGCGGCAUUGUUGCUCGCGAAGGCCGCAUCUGCGGGGGAGGGAGCGUGCGCGCUGGUAAACAUGCUCGGAUUGGCCGGUUUGGUAGCGGCCGGUGCUCUGCUGUGCCUGCCUCACGGCGUGCCUGAUGGCCUCACAGCCACAUUGCUGGCGGUCCAUUUGCUUGAGCUCCUGGCAGCAGGCUUGAAGGGACCCUUGCUCAAAGUUGGCGUCUUCCUCCUCCUCGUUGGCAUACCUCUGCUGCAAGAAGCGCUGGCAGGAGUGGAACCGGCGACUCUGCACCUGCUGCCUGCAUUGCCUGUUUUCGUCGAAGGAGGUGGUGGUGAAGGUGGUGGCACUGGCGAGAGCCACCAGGGCCACGAGGAGAGCUGCUGCGAGUGCCACCUUGAUCGCCAUUGGGAUGUGAGAGAGAGAAUGCAAUGUAGGUUAGUAGUUGUUGGUGAUUCGUGGGCGAGGGGGGUUUAUAUAGAGGAUUUGAAGGAUUGCAUGUGAUUUUACGUGUUGAUUGAAUAGCGAAGAAUGAAAUAGGCGGAUGCAUAAUAUUGGUGGGGGUUGAGGUUUGUGCGUCCGAGCUUCCACAUCGAUUCACAUGCAAAUUUGGCCAAAACCACGUCUUCUGCUCUCUGAUACAUAUGUAUUCUGUUCUGUAGUGCCUUCAAUUCGUUAUUGUUUUUUCAGUUAUUCUCAUUUCAUUUGUUGGAGAUUAAAUUCUGAGUUUAUCCUGCUAACUGUGAUGAAACACUGCUUACUGAGAAAUCAUUUAUCUACA